AUGGACCACGGGGAGAUGUACAGCGGGGAGAUGUACAGCUACGACAAUCACGACAACCACGAGCACGCCGCCGGUCAUGGCGAUGAGAGCCUCUCCUCCGACGACAUCCUGGCGCAGAUUGACUAUUAUCUUGACGAGUACGAGCGCAUGUUUUACGACCUUGCCAUGGCGGAAGAGGAGCAGCAGAACGGGCUCCGGCGCAUCCUUCGCACGCUGAAGCGAUUCGGCAAACAACACCGCCAACUCAACCCGGACGAUGAAGAAGCACACUCGCGUUACAAGUUCUUCAAGCAUGCGCACAAGGGGAAAUACAUCCCAGAUCCCGACGAGGACGAGUCCGAGUACCGUCCGUACAAGGUCGAGUUGAUGGACGAGGAAUCGGAAGAUGAUUCCGACUCGGACUCGGAGGCAGACGAAGCAGAGGAGCACUGCCCAUAUGACGGGGAAGACGAUGGCGUCAAUGGCGGAUGGGAAGAGGGAGGCUAUCAUGGUGAGGGGGACGAAGAAGGGAAUUACGACGAGGGAGAAUGGGAUCGAUACCACGGUGAGGGAGAAGGGUACCACGACGAGGGAGAAGAGUACAACGGUGAGGGAGAAGGGUACCGCAAUGAGGGAGAAGGACACCACCGCCAAGGAGAGAAAGGAUAUCACAGUGGUGAAGAAGAAGAGUACUACCGCCAUGGAGAGAAAGGAUACCACGGUGAGGAAGAAGCAGACCACCGCCAUCACAAGCACGAAUAG